UGUUUUUUUCUUCUCAUAUUUUGUAUAUGAUAGCAUGAUUCUGCUUCUAUUUGUUCCUAAAUUUUUUGGCUAUUUAUGUUAUAAGAAUUUGUUGUUUGUAUUAGUUAAUUGAAAUGUUUAUGGUUGUAGUUUUGUAUAAUUGAAGAUUGCAACUUACUUGUUGGUUUUAAAAUCUAGGGUUGUUGUGAGUUAUUAGUGUUCUUCAGGGUUACUGCCUUGUGCUUUCUAUCAUACACAUUUUCUUUGACGGUGUUUGGUUACUGAUUUAUAUUCACUGAGGUUUUUAGGAGGAUUUGAUGAGGAAGUAAAUCAUGUUUGCAUUAUUUAGGAUCUUAUACUUGAGAAUAUGUCGAAAGUGAAAACCAAUUUGGAUUUAAUCCAAUGGCUCGGACAUGACAUGUCAAUUAAAGUUUUCUCGUAUUUGGAUAAUCCUCGUGAUCUUGUUUGUGCAUCUGCCGUUUCUAGUUCUUGGAAUGAUUUUGUUAUUGAAAAUGGUCUCUGCAAGGAACUUUGCUUGAAAAUGAUUCCUGAAUUAUCUAGUGUAGUUCGAACCAUUGAGGGCGACAACCUGAUUGAAUUUGAUGGUAACAAUGUGGGGUAUUAUUAUACAAGAAAACGGGAGUGUCUUAAAAGAGAUCAUAGAGUCUAUGCAAUUCUAGCGUUUGGUCUCAUUCCAAUGGGUAACAACUGCAUCUCACAAGCCAUAUGUGCAUCCAGCACUAAUGAUCCCAUAAAAGAAAGCCUUACAAAUACAUUGGAGCCUAGGGAUAUUACUGAACGUGGCCUAUCAUAUUGGUCAAGUAUAGGGCAAAGCAAUCCUUGUGUUACCGAGACUUUGCUUUAUCGGCUAUAUUCCAAGAUAUGUCUUGUCACCGAGAUUUAUGUCCAACCAUUCCAAGAUUAUGUUCAUGAUGGCGUCCCAAUAUAUUCAGCUAAAGCUAUCCGAUUUAGAUUGGGCGGGGCAAGAGACCCCAUGAAAAUAGAUUCAAAGUUUGAUUUACGUGAUGAAGUGGCUUUAAGCAGACUUACCAUAUGGACAUAUGCUUCGCCUGUAUUUCCAAUGUCUCAGCAUAUUGUACAGGAAAACAAGUUACAGCAUUUCAAGCUACCUGAACCUGUUUUGUGCAUUGGAGGUUUUCUGCUAGUGGAGCUGUUGGGAAGUGCUCAAGAAUUUGUAGGGAAUAAUUUAUUCUACAUAUGCAUCUCCCAUGUUAAAGUUGUUGGACGAAUACUUUCUCCAGAAAUCCCUGUGAAGACGAGGGUAAUUCGACGAUUUUCCCUAUCGAGCACCCAAGGUGGCGUGGCUAAUCGGUUAAUUAAUUGAUUAGAGAGUGUAAGAAAGAUUACUAUUUUUAGCACAUUCUGUUAAAUGGCAUUAUUGAUUUGGAUUUGUUAUAGUCUCGGUUACAUUUUGAAUUUAUUUAAAUAAAUAAAAUUUCAGACUUGAUGAUA